GAUAGCAGAGGCAACAACAAGGAAUAACAAGUUUCGCUUCACAUCUUACUACAACAUAAUACCUAAACGUGUUGAGUACAACUGUUUAUUAGUGCAAUAUAAAGAAGAGAGAAAUAAUGUCUGAAACAGUAAUUGGUAUUGACCUGGGCACGACUUACUCGUGCGUGGGCGUGUUUCAACACGGUAAGGUGGAGAUUAUUGCCAACGACCAGGGCAAUCGAACCACCCCCUCCUACGUCGCCUUCACCGAAACCGAGCGACUGAUUGGCGACGCCGCCAAGAACCAGGCGGCCAUCAACCCAACCAACACCAUCUUUGACGCUAAACGACUUAUCGGCCGCAAGUUUAGCGACACCACCGUACAAAACGACAAGAAACACUGGCCCUUCGACGUGGUGUGUGACAAUGACAAGCCCAAGAUUGCUGUUAACUUCAAGGGCGAGAGAAAAACUUUCAACCCAGAGGAGAUCUCGUCCAUGGUUCUGACCAAGAUGAAGGAGACGGCAGAGGCUUAUCUGGGCCACAAGGUGAGAGAUGCAGUCAUCACAGUUCCUGCCUACUUUAAUGACUCACAGCGCCAAGCCACCAAAGAUGCCGGCAUCAUCGCUGGCCUCAACGUUGUUCGCAUCAUCAACGAGCCCACAGCGGCAGCCAUCGCCUACGGUCUUGACAAAAAGUCUGUUGCCACACACAACCAGGAACGUAACGUUCUCAUCUUUGACCUGGGUGGUGGAACCUUCGACGUGUCUGUCUUAAGUAUUGACGACGGCAUAUUUGAGGUCAAGUCCACGGCGGGGGACACCCAUCUUGGUGGUGAAGAUUUUGACAACCGUUUGGUGAGUCACUUCACGCAAGAGUUCCACAGGAAGUUCAAGAAGGACAUUAGUGGCAACAAGCGAGCUUUACGACGUCUGAGAACAGCCUGUGAGCGAGCCAAACGCACCUUGUCGUCGUCUUCACAAGCCAACGUGGAGAUAGACUCACUGUUUGAAGGAAUUGACUUCUACACCAGCAUCACCCGAGCCAGGUUCGAGGAGUUGUGUUCCGACCUGUUCCGCAAGACUCUGACUCCAGUAGAGAAGGCUCUGAGGGACGCCAAGCUGGAUAAGAGUCUCAUCCAUGAUAUUGUGUUGGUGGGAGGCUCCACCCGCAUCCCCAAGGUGCAGAAUCUCCUGCAGGACUUCUUCAACGGCAAAGACCUGAACAGAUCCAUCAACCCAGAUGAGGCGGUGGCCUACGGUGCCGCCGUCCAGGGCGCCAUCCUAAGUGGCAACCAGUCUGACGGAGUGAAGGACCUGCUGCUGCUGGAUGUGGCGCCCUUGUCCCUGGGCAUCGAGACAGCCGGCGGUGUCAUGACUCCUCUCAUUAAACGCAACACCACCAUCCCCACCAAGCAGACGCAGACUUUCUCCACGUACUCAGACAACCAACCGGGCGUCCUCAUCCAAGUGUUUGAGGGUGAACGAGCUAUGACCAGGGACAAUAAUCUGCUGGGCAAGUUUGACCUGACAGGUAUUCCUCCUGCCCCAAGAGGCGUUCCCCAAAUUGAGGUCACUUUUGACAUCGACGCCAACGGUAUUCUGAACGUGUCGGCCGUGGACAAGUCGACAGGCAAAGCCAACAAGAUCACCAUCACCAACGACAAGGGAAGACUGAGCAAGGAAGAAAUUGACAGAAUGGUAGAGGAAGCCGAGAAAUAUUCUGAGGAAGACGGUCGCCAGCGAGAGAGAGUAGAGACCAAGAACCGCCUGGAGUCGUUGUGUCUGAGUAUGAAGAGCAGCCUGAGGGAGGAGGGCGUCUCCAGUAGACUGACGCAGGAGGAGAAGCAGGGUGUAACCGACCUCGUCGACCACACACUCACCUGGCUCGACAACAACCAGCUGGCCAACAAGGAACAGCUGGAGACCCAACUUCAGAAACUGGAGGACCACUGGAGACCCGUGGCUGCCAAGAUCCACGGGUCAUCUUCACCAGGUGAAGGGACAACAGAAGCCAACGCCACCAGAGAACGAGGACCCACCGUGGAGGAAGUUGACUAGAUACAUCCGCUAGUUAUUCACACUACCUCACAUGUCUGAUAACUCAUUGAAUUAAUUUUCAUCAUAAUGAACACAUAUAGUAUAUAAGCCUGACAAAUGUACAAAAUGUACAGUAUGUAAUAUGUAUUUAUUAAUAAAAAUAAUACUGUAA